AUGUCUUUAAUGGAUAUUUUGGAGAAAGCUCAGGCACUUGGCUUGAGUGCAGACGUAGUUCAUGAUUUACUAGAAAAGCAACAUCAGAUAGAUAAGGAUAAGGCGGAUAGAAUGGAGCGGUCAGCCGAACGCGAGGCGAGACGACUAGAAUUAGAGUAUCACGAGGCAGAGAGGCGACGAGCGCACGAACUCGAGGUUGCUAAAAUUAAGCAUAGUAGUUCGAACGAGUUUGACAGUAAUUCUAGCAGGUCAAAUUCGCAUAUGUUCGAGGGUCUUAGACUGCCUACUUUUGCUGACGGCCAAGAUGAUUUGGAUAGUUAUCUACAGCGGUUCGAACGUUUAGCAGAAUUGCAUGGGUGGAAGCAUGAGGACUACCAUGUGUACCUAGGUACAUCAUUGCGCGGUCAAGCACUUAAGGUGUAUAUUUCUUUGCCUGAUGAAACGCUACGAAAUUAUGAGCGCUUAAAGGAAACCCUCCUUAGAGCAUUUGCUGUUGAUGCAGAUUCAUAUAGAAGAAAAUUCAAAGAAAGUAAAUGUAAAGAUAAUGAAUCAUAUGUACAAUUAGUAGUUAAGAUGGAGCAAUAUCUCGAUCGGUGGCUAUCCAUGAGUAAAGUUGAGAAAGAUUAUGCUCGCCUGUUUGAUUUCCUUGUCAGGGAACAGUUACUGACAAAUUGCAGUUCUGAUUUACGGGUGUUCUUGAAAGAAAGGGGGUGUGAAAGCGCAACAGAGAUGGCGGAAGCAGCAGAUAGAUAUCGUAGUGCUCACGCAUAUCGCGGAAGCAAGCCUUCAAGGUCAAUGCAAAAACAGAGUUCACCAAAUGUUGUUGACAUUAAAUGCCAUGGAUGUGGAAAGCCUGGUCAUAUCCGUCCGAACUGCCCUAAUAACCCUAGAAACUUUAAACAAAAGACAGAGGGUAAAGUUAAUUUUGUCUUUCAGUCUGAGAUGAAACCACAAAAUAGUAUAAUUGAUGCAGAAGGCAAAUUGUUUGAAAAAACAGCGGAGGUUAUGUUUGACACGGGGUGUUCGACUGUAAUUGUUAAUGACAAAUUAGUGCCAGCAAGAUUUAGAUUAGGGCCUAUGGUUAAGGUCUAUGAUUAUCUUGGGGUUCCAAAUUCAUUCCCCAAAGUCAGAUGUUUUAUUCGAAAUGUGCUUAUCGGACUAGUUCCUGGUGUAAAAUUGCCUGGUAAGUGCGCCACUACCUCGCUCGAGCACGAACAGAGCAAAGAGGCAGGUGAUGAUGCUUCACAAGCUCUUACAAAGGUAAGCGAUGUUUCCGUGGGGAAUGACUACAAAAUCGCUGAUAAAGAGGAUGUUAAUGGGUCUCCUGACGUCAUUGCUAUUAGUGUCCAGACUCGCUCAUCGGUAUCAAAAGCGGCUAAGACUACCUCAUUAGCUUGUUCAGAAUUCUUAGACCUAAAUAUAAAUAAAGUUAAUAUCAUGGAGGAACAGCUAAAUUGUCCAACACUUCAAUCUAUCAGGGAAAAUGUUAAAAGCGGAAAACAUGUGAGAGUAAAAUCGCGCACAGUAAAAUUUGAAAUAAUAAAUGGACUAAUUUACAGGGUAUGUCUUGAGAGCAAAUAUGAUUAUGAAAUUGGAAGUAAGCAACUUGUUAUUCCUGAUAAGUAUAGGAUUCACGUUCUAAAUCUGGCUCAUGAUUCAUUGACUGCCGGACAUUUCUCUCAUCGGAAGACGAGUCUUAAGGUGUUUUCUAAAUUCUUUUGGCCCGGUGCUGGCGCUCAUAUUAAGAGAUAUUGCAGAUCAUGCCCGAUCUGUCAGUUUUCAGCCAAGGGAACUGUACGUAAAGUACCAAUGAAGAAUCUCCCCAUUAUUUCCGAACCAUUUUCGCGUGUUGCUAUAGAUUUGGUAGGACCUUUUUCACCUAGUUCAGAUAGAGGAAACAAGUAUGUGCUUACUUUGAUCGACUACGCGACACGAUAUCCCGAAGCUGUACCUCUGAAAAACAUUGAUACCAUAACCGUUGCGGAAAGCUUGGUAGAAAUAUUUUCGAGAGUUGGUGUCCUGCGAGAGAUCUUAUCUGAUCGCGGUUCUCAAUUCAAAUCUGAUCUCAUGAGUGAAAUUCACAGAAUGUUAUCUGUUAAAGCUUUAUAUACUAGUCCCUAUCAUGCUUCAUGUAAUGGUGCUGCAGAAAGGCUGAACAGUGUCUUAAAAUCAAUGAUAAAGAAACUUUGCGUAGAUCACCCGAAAGCUUGGGAUCGCUAUAUACCUGCUGCCCUAUUUGCUUACAGAGAAAUUCCGAACGACAGUCUUAAGUUUUCUCCAUUUGAGUUAUUGUAUGGACGUCAAAUUCGUGGACCUUUAACAAUUUUACACGAGUUAUGGACAAAAACUGACAUCGAUAGUGACGUAAAAACUACCUAUCAGUAUGUUUUAGAUUUACGCUCACGUCUUGAGGAGACUGCGAAACUAGCAGCUGCUCAAGCGGAGAUUAGCGGUCGUAAUUAUAAGAGCUAUUACGAUCUUAAAACUAAACGCCGCAAGUUAAACACAGGUGAUGAAGUAUUGGUCUUGUUACCCUCUAGCAGUAAUAAAUUGAUGAUGCAAUGGCUUGGUCCUUACCCCGUUGUGCAUUGCAAAGACAAUGGCGUAGAUUACGUUGUUAAAGUGCGUGGUAUGAAAAAGCUAUUUCACAUCAACAUGCUAAAUAGGUACUUCCGCCGUGACGGCGGCAAAAGCAAAAGCGAAAGUGAAAUUGCUCAGGUAUACGUAGUUGAAGAAGAGAACCAAGUGGGUAAUAACUGUGAACCAGUUUAUUUUGACAUAGAUGGUAUUAAUAACAUUAAUGUUGGUAAUGAACUAACUGAAAUUCAAAUUAGUGAGUUAAAAGGGAUUCUAAGUAAAUUUACUGAUGUACUGACUGACAAACCGGGUCUAACCAAUACAAUAGAGCAUGUCAUUAAUAUAAACUCUAGUAAACCUGUACGUAAGAAACCAUAUCCCAUCCCUAACAGCCUAGUUAAUGAUUUCAACACCGAGAUUGACAAGAUGUUAGACAUGAACAUUAUUGAACCUUCAACAUCUGCAUUUUCUUCUCCCGUCGUGAUGGUGAAGAAAAGUGAUGGAUCGUGGAGAGUUUGUAUUGAUUUUAGAGCCCUAAAUGACGUAAGUGACGUAGAUGCUGAGCCCAUGCCUAAUACCGAAGAGGCUCUCGGAAGAUUUGUGAACGAUAUUUAUUUCACUGAAAUAGAUCUUUGUAGAGGAUAUUGGCAAAUACCCUUGUCGAAAGAAUCAAAAAUGUAUACUGCGUUUGCCACUCAUAGGGGUCUUAUGCAAUUCAGAGUUAUGCCUUUCGGAUUAAAGUCCGCUUGUGCAACCUUCAUAAGACUAAUGAGGAAAGUGGUCUCCGAAUUGAAAAAUACUGACUGUUAUUUUGAUAAUAUUGUAAUCCAUAAUAAUGAUUGGUCUGAACACCUACAAGACGUGAAAGAUCUUUUGCUGCGUCUACGUAAGCAUAGUUUAACUGCAAGCCCUAGUAAGUGUUUCUUUGGUUUUUCCAAAAUCAAAUAUUUGGGAGUUUUGUUAGGAGAUAAUUGUAUUAGUCCUCUCGAAUCUAAAAUCAAUGCUAUCGUGGUGAUGCCUUUGCCUGUGAAUAAGAAGCAAUUAAGAUCUUUCAUCGGGACUGUAGGUUAUUACCGCAAGUUUGUUCCUAAUUUUGCAAACGAUUCGAAGACUUUUUAUGUUCGUACUGAUGCUUCUGAUAUUGGUCUCGGAGCAGUAUUACUACAGGAUGUGAACAAUAUUAACAUGCCUAUUUGUUACGCUAGUCGGAAAUUACUAGACAGAGAAGCAAAAUAUGCUGCUAUUGAAAAGGAAUGUCUUGCCAUAGUUUGGGCAAUUCAAAAGUUUAAAGUAUAUUUGUAUGGAAGAGACUUUGUCUUGCAGACAGACCAACAACCUCUUGUUUAUCUCAAGAAUAUGAAAAAUGGUAAUGGUAGGUUAAUGCGCUGGGCUUUGGCGCUACAGUGUUACUCAUUUACUGUUGAGUAUAUAAAAGGCAGCGAAAAUGUAGGAGCUGACAUUCUUAGUCGUUGUCCUAUACCUGAAUAG